AAGAAGGGUUACCGUAUUCCACGAUAGUAACGUCUUGCUUAGCGUUCUCUCUGCUCAUUCAUUCAAGCACUACACAAAAUAACAACACAAUUUAGAUAAGUCGUGUGUGUCUCUCUAGCUCUCCUCUCGAUCUCGUCCGUGAAAUCUGAUUUACAGCACGACAACAUUGGCUUUCAAGUCAACUACAGAGGGCGCUAUUGUCAAUAUACUGCUCUGUAGUUUCGCGGAAGUUAGCGCACAACGUGGGGAUGGGAAACGUCAAAUUUCUUCUCACAAAUUAUGAACACCAAAGGAGAAAAUUCAACUAUUUUAAAUAAUGCCGUCAUGGAGUACCAACUACAAGGAACAUUUGGCAUAGUUGGUACUCCUUGAGAUCAUGUUCCAGAUGGCAAGAAACGAAAUCAAAGGCAUAACAUUUGUGCUGCUUGAAAAUGUUUGCGGGCAUGGCAAUCGUCAGAAUGAUGUUUUAUUCUCAACAAUGCGGUCAUCUUCAUCCUCGAAACUGCAAGACAAACACAAAAGCCAUGUGGUGUUCUUUCCAGGUGACAUACAGAAUUUCUACCAAAUGAUGAUCGCACAUGAGGCAAGCUACAAGUGGUCCUGUUGGAGCUAUGAGGAUACCUGUGCACUCUUACAUCAUAAAUUUAUUGACUCCUAUGUGUGGUUAGUCAAGCCUAGUCGCAUUCAUGAUCAAACUUUCAGCUGUUAUGAUAACUUUCUACACUGUAAUAUGUUUGGUGCUCCUAUAAACUUUGAUAAUGUCAAUGGAUUGACGCAUCUCCACAACCUCAUAAACACUGCAAUUGAUAAUGUAAAUCAACUUCAUGUUCAAGAACAGAGUGUGCUGCCCAUUUCCCAAACUGUUCCACUUGUUGCUGUAGGAUUUAGCAAAGGAUGUGUGGUACUAAACCAACUAGUGUAUGAACUUGAGCAUGUUAAAGCAAUGUCCGCUAUAAGAGACAUGCUGAGAAUGACCAGAGCUCUGUAUUGGUUAGAUGGUGGGCAUAGUCUGACGUCCAACGUGUGGAUAACAGAGGACAAACCAUUACAGCAGCUAACUGAUUUGGGUGUCAAGGUGCGAGUCCACGUCACACCAAGACAAGUCAAAGAUCCAAAGAGAUCAUUUAUUGGAGUCGAAGAAGCAAUCUUUGUAGAUUUACUCAGAAGCAAAGGUGCUGAUGUUGAAGAAUGCUUGCAUUUUGCUGAUGAGGAACCAUCAUUAGAGCAACAUUUUCGUGUUCUGAAAGUCUUUUAACAAAUAACUAUAGCAUCAUAAUAUCUAACUAUCCAAACCUUGUGAUCUCCCUGUUUCAGGCGCUUAAUUUUUAGUUGAGUAAAAACGGGACAGGUUAUUUAUAUGAAGAAUGAAUUAUGAACGGUUAUGGUAAUUUGGGAUGCUUUUAUUUAUUUUAAAAAUACUCGCGCCAUCAACUAUUUUUUAUAUACUUAAAGGCUAUUGGUAAUUACUCAA